AUGAGCGCGCCGCCGGCGUAUUUGGACGCCCGCGAGGACACCGUGCACCUCGAUCAGAGCACGCAGCAGUAUGUAUGGGAAGGGGACGACGGGGAAUGGGAGUGGCACGGCCCUGCGCCGACGGAUGACGAGGAGCGCGUGACAAAGGGCCGGUGGAUCAAGCGCAUCGGCGAGGAGGAGAUCAGCAAGCAGCAAGAGGUGUACAGCGUAAAAGGCGUAGACGAAAAUACACCUGCGGCGCCGGUGCUCAAGCGGCACCAAGGCAAGAAGCGUAAGGCCGAGGGCGAGGCGCCGCCGAAGCGUGCCAAGCGGAAUACGGCCGUGUUUGUCACGCAGCUUCCGCUGGAUACCGAGGCGCACGAGGUCGCCGAGGUCUUUUCGCGGUACGGCGUGCUGCUUGAGGACGACCGUGGCGAGCCGCGCGUGAAGCUGUACCACGACGAAAGCACCGGCGCGUUCAAAGGCGAGGCGCUCGUUGUCUACUUUAAGCCGGAGAGCGUCGACCUGGCCGUGCAGUUGCUCGACGAUACCUAUUUGCGCGCGAGCAAAGGCGUGUGCAGCGGCCCCUGCAUGCACGUCGAGCCCGCUGCCUUCCGGCAAGAGGGCGGUGAGGAAGAAAAGAAGGAGCCCAAGGCGCUCUCGGAUGCCGACCGGAAGAGCAUCAAGAAGCGCAUGACCAAGAUGAACAGCAAGAUCAACGACUGGGACUCGGACUCGGGCGACGAAGCAAGCCAGAAGCUGAGCCAGACCGCGCGCACGCUCAUCCUCAAGAAGAUGUUUACGCUGGCCGAGCUCGACGAGGACCCCACGUUGCUCCUCGACCUGAAGCAGGACGUGCGCGAGGAGUGCGCGUCGCUCGGCGAGGUGACGAAUGUGGUGCUGUGGGAUCGUGAACCCGAAGGUGUAAUUACCGUGCGUUUCCGCGAGCCGGCGGCCGCCCGCGCGUGCCUCGCCAAGAUGGACGGCCGGUACUUUGCCGGGCGCCAGAUUGCGGCGCUCCUUGCCGACGGGCGCCCCAAGUUUCGGCGCACGGCCGGGGGCGACGACGACGACGGGGACGAGGAGCAGCAGCGCGCCGAUGCAUUCGGCGAGUGGCUCGACCAAGGAGGCGAUCAAGAUGCAUAG